GCAUAUUAUGAUUAAUAUACAUUAUUAAGUUUAUUGAAUGAAGUUAUAAAAAUAAAUAAUUAUUUGAACUGUUUUUAAAAUAUUUUAUGGUACCCGUAUAAUUGUUCCAAAAAGAUAAUAUGAAUAUAUCACGAUUGUAUAACGUGUUCAAUGCGGAGAAAGCAAAAGAAUCGUUGGUCGGUACAAUAGUGGUGAAUACGAAUGAAGUUGGAUUUUACACGUUUAAGGCCAAUUGUAGCGACGUGGUAAAGUCCCACCAUCUGGCUAUCAAGGACGUAGAAACGUCGCGAGCAGGAUGGUCAGAACAGGACCCCAUGGCGAUCUUGAGCACCGUGCAGGAGUGUAUUUCCAACACAACGACUCCGGGUGGAAUGGUUAUGGGUUUGCGCGUAGUCACUGUGGGUGUAGCUAACCAACGAGGUUCCGUGGUGGCGUGGAACAAGCGUACCGGCGAUCCACUUUCUAACGUGAUACUGUGGUCGGACAAUCGGACGGCCACCAUGGUGGACGAGUACUUGAAGACCAACGACAAGUACCGGUAUCAGAAAGUGUGUGGUCUGCCGUUCAGUCCUUACUUCAGUGCGUUCAAAAUCAAGUGGUUACUGAACAACGUCGGUAAGGUAAUGUCGGCCUAUCGGGUCGGUGACUGUUACUUUGGUACAAUCGAUACUUGGAUUUUGUGGAACAUGACUGGUGGAAAGGACGGUGGAGUGUUUGUCACUGAUUGUUCAAACGCAUCAUAUACAUUUUUAAUGAACAUUAACACAUUGGAAUGGGAUAAACGAUUAUUAAAACUGUUUGGUAUUUCUGCAAAGUCUCUAGCGACAAUAAAAACUAGUUCUGAAGUGUACGGAAAUAUUUCUGGAGGAUACCUCGAUAAGACGCCAAUAUCUUGUAUCAUUGGAAACUGCCAAGCCGCUUUAAUUGGUCAAAAAUGCUUUCGACGAGGUCUUACAAAAGGUAUACUUGACAAAAAUGGUUCAAUUUUCACGAUCACCGGGGAAAAUAAAGUAUUCUCCAGAAAUGGAUUAGUCACAACGAUUGCUUAUCGAUUGGAUUCGAGACCGAUAUUUGCAUUAGAAGGCCCAAUCGCUUCAGUAGGACAUACCAUAGAAUGGGUAAAAGAAUGUUUGAAUGUCAGAGAAAAUGAAUGCUUGGCUGUUAAGAAAAAAGACAAAUUUCAAAAUGAAGUUUACUUGAUACCUGCUUUUAAUGGUUUGUAUGCUCCACAUUGGCGACAUGAAGCUCGAAGUAUUCUAAUUGGAGCUAAUGAAUAUACUAUAAAUAAUGAUAUAUUAAAAGCAGCCAUGGAAUCUGUAUGUUUUCAAGUUCAGGAUAUUGUUGAAGCUAUAAAUGAUGACCUAAAGAUGUCUAUAGAUAAAAUACAAAUUGAUGGUGACUUAUCAGAUAACACAAUGGUCAUGCAAUGCCUAUCUGAUAUAACAAACUCUAAAAUUGAAAUAGCUAUAUUCAAAAAUAUGUCUGCAUUGGGUGCAGCAAUGGCAGCUGGUUAUGCACCUGAAAUUAACGUCUGGAACGCUUUGUGUAUGCCAGAAGACAAUGGUGAAAUUUAUAAUCCAAAAAUAACGGCUGAAGAACGGAAAAAUCGAAUAUUUGAUUGGAAAAGAGCUAUGCGGAGAAGUUAUGACUGGAUUGGUCAUAAAAACAAAUCGAAUUAUUUUGGAACGAUACUUUCUAUUACAAGUGGAGCAAUUUUAUUAGGAGGUUUAUUUCUUAUAUUAAAAAAAAAAUAAAUUUUACGUACAUUUUAAAUUUAAAA